AUGAUGUGGCGCUGGCAAGAAGCAACUCGGCCAUUUGCUCUGUGCAGCUCGCCCGGUACAGGUCGCCUCAACUGUGCGCCGAUACUCGCUUUGUACAUCAGCUGGUUAGAAAUACAGAGAGCACGGAAGCAUCAGGAGCAACAUUUACACCAACUUUCAUCUAUCAUCCCAUCAAGCAUGGGCGACGCUGAGCAGGGCGAGGCUGUUCGUGGGCCGAGGCAGGGAGAAGACGAAAAAAUUCCUUUUGUCCAGGGAGACAAGCAAUCAGCAGCUCACAAAAAAGGAAGGUUGGCGAUAAUAAUUUUCUUUGUGCUGUUCAUUGGCGCAGCUAUUGUCGUUUUACCAAUAACCUUACACAAAGUACCGAACAACAACAAAACGAUAAUAAGCAAGACGCACACUGAGGCACGACCAGCAGUACCAGGGAGAUAUCAGAGUGCAGCGGUAGCAGCCGAUGUCGGCUUAUGCUCGGAGAUGGGUCGUGAUAUCCUAAAACAAGGUGGUACAGCCGUGGAUGCAUCCAUAACUACCCUGCUGUGUAUAGGCGUGGUCAAUGCACAGAGCUCCGGCUUGGGAGGAGGCAUGUUCAUGCUCGUGUACCACAAGAACACCAGCAAAACAGAAGCUCUGGUAGCUAAGGAAAGGGCGCCCGCUGCCGCUAAUGCAAACACGUUUCCGGAAAAAUCUGGAAUCAAAUCAGUAGCAGUGCCGAGUGAGUUGAGCGGUAUGUGGGAGGCCCAUCAACGCUACGGCCACCUACCUUGGACGGCCUUGUUUGAGCCCGUGAUCCGUCUGGCUGAGGACGGCUUCCCCGUCACGGUGCAUCUCGCCAAUGCGCGAAGACAAGUAGUAAGAGGACUCAACUUGUCACAGCCUCAGUUUGCUGGGUUUCGAACACGGUACGCCAACGCAGAUGGCAGUUGGAAGGAGGUAGGUGACACCGUGUACGCCCCCAAGAUGGCAAGGACAUUACGGGCUAUUGCUAGGAAUGGCAUCAGCGAAUUCUCCAAUGGGACAACGGCACAACAGCUGGUACAAGAAAUACAAGAAUACGGUGGGCUUAUCACUGCUGCCGAUUUAGCGGGUUACACUGCAGAGUGGAGAGAAGCUCAAGCCGUUCCCAUCGGCCGAGGCAUGACAGUCCUGACAACGCCCUCACCGUCAGGCGGACCUGUCGUGCAAUUCAUUAUCAAUAUAUUACGAAAUUACAACAUGUCAUCAGCUGAUUUUAAGACGACUGGGAACAAGAUUAAGACGUAUCAUCACUUUGUUGAAGCGUCAAAGUUCGCCUUCGCCUUGCGGAGUCACCUAGGUGACGUGGAGACACCAGAGGUUCAGGAGAUUCUGAACAAGAUGCAGUCGGAAGCCUUCGCCAAGUCGAUUUCCUCACAGAUACGCGAGGACGCAGUCACCUUCACCAAUGCCUCUGGGUACAACGCACUGCUCAACACGGCUGUCCGUAGCGGAGGCACAAGUCAUAUCAGUGUCGUUGAUCAGUUCGGAAAUGCGGUAUCAGCUACAAGUUCAAUCAAUAAUUAUUUUGGCAGCCACAUAUUUUCCAACACAACGGGUCUUAUCCUGAACAACGAAAUGGCAGACUUCGACUCGCCAGCCAGCCAGCCAGCCUCGGAUGCCAACUACAUAGCGCCCGGUAAGAUGCCCGUGUCAGCUAUGAGUCCUGUCAUCGUCUUGAACGAGAAUGGUGGUGCUGAGUUAGUGGCUGGUAGUGCAGGCAGCCGUGCUAUCAUUACCACCAAUGCCUGGGUCACACUGCGAUCGGUAUUCACCGACGCAUCGCUCAAAGAAAUCAUCGACGACAAGCGAAUUCACAACCAGCUCCAACCAGAGAAUAUUGCCGUCUACGAAAAGGGGUUUCAAAAGGAUGUCAUCAAUGGAUUGCAUAGCAUGGGGCACAAAACGGAACAAAAGAAAACCCCCUUGUCAGUCUCACAAGCGAUCAGGAGAUUGGACAAUUGGUGGAUGGCCUACAGUGACCCCCGUAAACAGGGCUAUGCAGCCGGCUACUAGAGCGUCCAUGAUGCCACCCCAAAAGCCCAUAAUGGUUCCUACCUUGUUAGAGUGGGGGUUUACAUUUCUGUGUAUUUGAGAGACGGGUCUACCCAGGGGCGCGGGAGUAUUGCAGCUGUGCCUUUGCUGACCAAACAGCUUUUUGUCAUUGUCCCCUUAUCUGAAGCAGGAAUGCGACGGCUUUUACUUUCUUGGGUUUUUUUUGUAGCAGUAUAUUGGAAAUCAUCAAUAUUUCUCAUUAUAUAUAUGCUUUUUAUACCACAUUUUCUCUGUUCGUCCAUUAAACGUAUAUCAUUUCAUUGGAUAUUGUAUUGUCAGGUAGUUAUGUGUAUUUUUAAAUAAUUAUAAGCACGUUCAAUAAUUCAAUAUGAACAAUUGACCAAAAAAAAUCUGAAACAGAGGGAAGUUUGCUAUAUUUUCGAGAGUUCUCUACCGAUGCAGUUAUCACUUCUACAGAUUUUGAUGAACAAACACGGCCUGAUUCAGAACCAAAUUCUCGGGCUGGCUAAAUAAGAAGGGCCUGGCCAACCGGUCGUUGCAAAUUCAAAAAGUGGGAGGGCAUCAAGGGGGAUAUUUGGCAUGCCUUUGUUGGCGUUCUUUUCCCUUUUCUUCACUUUCUUUCUGUGAAUAUUUUAUGUGCAAGUGGAGGAAAAGCAGUCUUUUUCUCUCUUUUUUUCUCUAGGCAGACAUGUUCUUUAAUAAAGUAGAAAUCGAGUUAUCGUAAAGAAGGCAGCUUUUGUUUCCACUUUGACUCGCCUUGCGCUUUAUUUGAAAUAAUGGACAAUGAUCGCAAUUGUAUUUCGUUGCCGACUCGCUAUAAGCUACUUGCCCUGAUUAGAUGUUAAAUCUGUCGCAAAAGUGCACAUGAAGUGAUUAUAGGGCAUGCUGUCCACAAUGUUUUACGAAGUCUGCGCUUUUUUUUUAAAGAUCAGUAGACCUCAGCACCCUUUGAUAGGGCAGUGGGUUUGUGCCAAUUAAUGUAAUAGAAAUAGUGCUGAUGCGUUAUAAUUUGUAUCUGGUUUCAAUAAAUGAUUUUGUACCACACUUCCUUUUGAAUAGUUAGGGUAGUCUUAGUAUUCAGUAGUUAGAUUUUAUGUAUAACUUUGUUGUCCGAUCUUAAAGUGUAGACCCGAUUUAUCAGGAUUGCCUUAGUUUUUUAAGCAACGUAUAAUGUAUUCAAUUAUUUUAUUUACUUCUUACAAAUCAUUGACAUUUUGUAACCGAUGAUUUUACGGUAUGCUCUUUGAUUUUGGACAUGUCAAGACAACGCGUUGCCUUUUUUCUUCAAAG